AUGGAUGGAUCAUCUGACUCCAGCGAUGAUGAUCUCAUUAUCAUAUCUAACAAACCUCAAAACACACGUAAUACAGGAAGAAGGACUCGGCCAGCUCGAAGAGGAAAUACAAAUACUCAGAACUCACCACCGCAGAAUAGAAUUACUCCAUUUGUAUUAGAUGACAGUUCAGAAUCAGAGGAAGAAAGUCAACAACCUCUUCCUCAACGAGAGCAGAAAGAACAAAAUCAACAACAAAAUUCUCCUCAAAAUGAUGCUAUUCCAAAAACAUUUGUAUUAAGUGACGACCAAGAAAGUGAAAACAGCUAUAGCCAUCCUGACAGAUUAGAGAAUUCCCCUAAAAUUGAAACAAAAAAAGAAAUAAUUUCUCCGAUAGAACAUGAAAAUGAAAUACAUAGCGAAAUGGAAUUGGAAUCACAACCAAAACACCAUUCUGAAAAGAAAAUGGUAAAAAAGAAGAAAAAAUGUCUACGGUCUGAAUACGUACAAAAGCUUUUGAGCCGGCCCUCUACAAUAUACAGGGUUCAUCGUUAUAAAAUCCGUGGAAUUAGUCAGCGAUUAAUUUACCAAGUUUUUAAGAAAAAUGAAGUUUUAUAUACUGCCAAAGGCAAAAGUGUCGUAGUUUCUUUGCUUAGAAUACAAAAGGGUGAAGAGGCCCAUCUCAGCUCGCCUCAGUUUGACGCAACAAUCAAAAUCGAAGGCUGGCUCGAGAAAAAGUUCCAGCUGUACACAGGAGACGGGGAAUCAAGUGAGCCAAUAAUGGUUAUUGAUAUGCAUCCAGGAAGCGCUUCUACAACUCGAUUUACAAAUUUAAUUUAUUGCGCUGACGAAAACCUUCAACAGAUGAUGCCAAUUAAGUCUAGAGAGCCUAUAUAUAACGAAACUAAAGGAACGUGGCAAUUAGACUUUCUUGGAAAAUUUGUUCUAAGAUCUGUGAAAAAUGCCAUUAUAGAUGGAAAAGGACAUAGCAGGCUAUUGACAAUUCGCAAAAUAGCCAAUGAGGAUCUUGAAUUAGAGACUACUGUUGAAAUGGAUCCUUUAUAUAUUUUGAAUUUCGGAAUAGCCGCGUUUAUGGUUUAG